AUGGCAUUUGAAUGCAGGCAGCGAGAGGCGUGCCGGAAAUCCACGUACCUAUGCCACCGCGAUGUCUCCACUGCCCGUCGAGCGCACCAGUGGUGGGUCGGCCCUCUUCGGCAGCUGCGUUGGGCAGGUCUGGUUUCUGGGUACGCGUUCCGUGGCUCUCGCGCUGCUUCCGAGGACGCGAGAGCUGUGAAGUCCGGCACGUCCAGUGCAGCCGGAGCGUCCAUCGCGAUCCCGGUCUGGCGCGCUGGAAAAAUACUACUUACUACCCACGGUACAGGCCGGAUCGACGCCCUCGUGCCCAAACGGGCAGGAGCCCGAUCACGACGCGACCAGACAAGCGAGCCGAUCAGCAGCGGGUCUGUGACCGGCCCAACAGAGAUACGGAACGGCAACCUUGAGGAGGAGGAUGCAGGGAGAGCUUGGAGAGGCUUCGGGGUGUGUGGUGUGGCGUGGCGUGAAGCACUGGCUCUGGCACUGGCACUGGCUCACCGCCAGACUUGGUCCGUCCUGGUAGCUGCGCCCGAGGAGGAUAGAGAGGAAGAGGCGCCGGCAAGGGCGCGAUCGAGGAUCUGGACCUGCGGUUGUCAAUGUCCGGUGCGCAAGGAGGGGAGGGGUGGAUGA